UUGCUUCACAGCCUUAUGACACAGCAUCUACAGCAAGUGAUGAUGUGGCACAAAGCAGUUUUUUAAAUUUUACUGGCAAAUCAGAAGAGGGGCCACAAGGCUGUUAUUUUGUGUUGCCUUCCCACAAGGCUUCUUACCACAAAAUAUGGCUUAGACAGACCUUUUGUUCCUCCAGCUGGGGUAGGCUAUGUCUUAGAUGAUUUCACCAGCACAAGAACUUGCUGCCCUCUACAACUUGAACUUCUCAGACGUCCAAAGAGUCACAACAUAUCAGUUUAAAUAUGGGGAUUCUGAGCCACCUAUCGAUCCUCCACCUCCUCUGGGCUGCUUUGGUCUUUUGUCAGUAUGAAGACUAUGAUUUUGAGGAUGAAUAUGGUGGGGAGCCAGAUCAUCAAGUUCCAUAUUAUUUUAACCCAAACACCCCAGUUGAAGCUCCUCAUUUUCCUUUUCCAGUUGAGUGUGCCAAAGAAUGCUUCUGUCCACCAGCUUUUCCCUUAUCCAUGUACUGCGAUCACCGGAAACUCAAGACAAUACCAAACAUCCCCAGUCACGUCCAACAACUUUAUCUGCAAAACAACAACAUUGAAGCUGUGCCUGCAGGACCAUUCACUAAUGUUACCUUCAUAAGGGAAAUUAACCUCAGCUACAACAACAUUAAAGUCCAUAUGAUUGACCAUGGUGUUUUUGCCAAACUUUCACACCUAGUGCAACUCCAUUUACAACAUAAUGAGUUGGAAGAAUUUCCAUUUCCUCUGCCCAGCUCUCUAGAGAGACUCCUCCUUGGUUUCAAUAACAUUUCCCGAUUACCUGCAAAUGCAUUGGAAGGAUUGCCCAACAUGACCACGCUUGACCUUUGCAAUAACCUUCUUGAUGACUCAGUAUUCAAAGAAAAACCCUUCUCAAACAUGAAAAAUUUAAUGCAGCUCAACUUGUGCAACAACAAAUUACAGACAAUGCCUCCUGACCUGCCACCAUCACUUCGGCAUCUUUCUCUUGAAAAUAACUCCAUUUCUCAUAUUCCAGAAAACUAUUUCCACAGACUUCCCCAGAUCAUUGCUCUGAGAAUGUCCCACAAUAACCUGCAGGACAUUCCACACAACACCUUUAAUCUACCCAACCUUCUAGAACUUCAUCUUGGACAUAACAAAUUGAAACAAGUGUUCUAUAUUCCAAGAAGUCUGCAGCAUUUGUACAUUGAAGACAAUGAAAUUGAAAACAUCAACGUUACUGUGAUGUGUCCAACUCUGGACCCACUGAACAUCAAGCAGUUAACCUACAUACGGGUGGACAAGAACAAGCUCACAAGCCCCAUCAGCACCUAUGCCUUCUUCUGCUUCCCUCUCAUCAGAACCAUUUAUUAUGGAGAGCAAAAUGUCACUGCCAGCAGGCCAAGCCAGCUCAGAACACCGGUGUUCCGGCGGUUUCUGACACCAGAGGAAUUCCAGGAAGCAGAAGACAACCAUGAAACGCUCAAUCAAGAAACCGAAGAAGACCACGAAGCAGAAGACAGCUACUUUCAUCCUUACUAUCACUGAAGUAAUCACUAUUAAUAAGUACAUAUAGAAACUUCUCAUUAGUCUGGGUUAUUCAUAUCUGUCCUAGAAGUGGGCAGUUUGGGAUAUUCAAGAUGCAUUUAUAAAGUGGAGAUAGGAGUUUAAAGUAGGUAAAUGUCCCAUUAUUGGUGUAGUAAAAAACAAUACUAGGAACAAAGAGCACUCACCUGAGCAUUAGAUAAAGGUCUGACACAUAACCUGGCUUGAUGAUAGGCUCACCGUUGAGUGAGCAAAGUGAAAGAAAAUUGACCUGAAAUUCUGUUCUAAAGUGAUCCAAUUGCAAAGUGACUAAAAUAUAAAUCAGUGUUAUAAUUCAAUAGGAGCAAGUGAUUAAGGCCAAAAAUCCAUUCAGCUCUACAUCCUACUGCUGACAGCAGUAGCAAAGAGAUGCACUAGAGAAAAGGACAAGGGAUUGAGAUGACAAAAUACUUCCACAAGGUUCCUCCACAUCUCCCAGAAAUACAGAUAUUUCUUCUGUACGAAGCUUCAAACCUUCCCCAUAUUAUGCUUCAAGUGUCCUGCCAAGCUGUAUUCUAAUAUGCACUUCUUUGGAUGUCCUUUAACUAUCACAGUCUUUCAAAGGAGAUUUCAGCUUUUUAUUAAGACAGGCAAUAAAUAAUCUUUCACCAAGCUGCUGGGAUCUAGGGAAAAGCAUGUGCAUUAACACAACUGAACCAUUAGUAUUUCUAUUUUCCCUGUGCUUCAGCCCAUGUUAUUUUAGAAGACACGUAGAAAUAUAACGUAAUCUUUGUAUUUAGAAUUAUUCAUCAAGUAGGACAGUUACAAAGAAAAGCAUUGCAGGCUUUUUAAACUAUUAAUUGAACUAUUAAUUUAUCCCUCUGCACAGCUAAUACCAAUUAGCUGUAUCCUGCUUCAAAGUAGAAUCAACAUUGUUUUAGGUAACCUGAAGAAAACUUUGAGCUAUGCAAAUUUUUGUUAUAUCUUAUGCCUAGAAACAGGACCAGAUAACUACAGGGGAAGAUAACACUAUAGAACACUUUAUUGCCUUUUGUUAUCACUUCUUUAAUUUUCAGCACUUUUCCCCUGAUAGAGCUUUGCUAGCUGUGAGGAAAAAAAAAUCCCUAUUUUCAACAUAAAAAUGAAAUUUCUGCAGGUGAUAGAUCCAUACAUCAUACUACCAACUUUGCAUAAUGUUAUGUAGUUGUCCUACACUUAAAGUACACUGUAAUCAGAUUUCUGAUAGAAUUUGAGAAGCUAGGCAGUUUUCAUUUUUUCUCUUAGAAUUUCAGGGGUUUUUUUAGGCCCAUAUUCAUAUUUAUGGUUUUUGAUGUAUCAACUGAAAUAUUAAGAAAAUGAAAAUAUUUAAUUACUUCUUUUUAAGAGAAAGAUUUAUUGUAAAACUAUGAAUAUAAACUUUAGGAAUAUAUAUAGGCUUUAAGGACAAUUGUUUGUAAGAAUUUGUGGGUAUAAAAUUUAUCCAAUUGUUAUUAAUUUGUGGAUCUUCAGCCAACUAACUCAAGAAAUCUGCUCCUCUCUCCUUCCCCUUUUUCUUAUCUGCAUUCUGAGCAGAUCCAGGAUUCAUAGCAAAGUAUUUUAUGGUCACCUCACAAAUUCAGAAUGCUACAGAAUGUCUGCUUUAAAAAAAAAUAAAAAAAAAAAUUUAUCACCCACAAACACCUCUGGGUUUCUGAAAAAGGAACAUAUACAUGUCUUCAUUUAUUAAGUACUCAAUAUCAUUUAUGUACACUAUAUACAAGAAUUUAGAUAUAUCUAUAACUUUAUUGCUUUAUUAAUACAUACAUGUAGUAUAUUAACCUUUCAACUAUUCCAGAUUUUAAGUGAAUGGUGCACAAAAUGCAAAUCUAAAAUAAGAGGCUUUUUCUGAAAGGCUUGCUCAGCUUUAAAAAUAAAAGAACACUAUCCUGCUACAGUAUGAAUAUUACAUCUUUUAUCACAAACUUCCUGCUUUUUAAAGACAUUUAUGAAACAAAGCUUAGCUUUAGUUUUAAAGUAGAAGUCAAAAUAUUGAUGUUAUAUACGUUUCUCAAAGUCAAACUGGAACUUGACUCAUGCAGGUGGAACGUGAAAUUCGUCUUACAAGCAGAACUACUACAAGUCACUUUUCUUUCAAUUAAUAUUCUAAUAUAAUCUGUAGCACAUAGGACACUUAUUCCAGAAAGGCUUUUACAGUGGACAGAGAACUAAAGGCUUGGUAGCCUUAGAGAAAUGACAAUUACAAUAAAGUGCUGGAUUAAUGGAUAUCUAGCUGAGUGAAAUUUGCUCUGGUAGCACACGGAAUGCUGUCUGUAAAAGUCAUAAGGUUUUUGCCUUCCAAAUAUCUUGGAGUUCUCUGAAGGAAUCAUGAAGGAUGUUGAAAAGGGAGAUCCUGGUCCAAACAGCCUACAAAAUUUCCUAAAGGUUUUUAAGGAAAUUAAAUUGCCACAGAUUAAAAGGCAACAUCAAGAACAAAAAUCAAAUAAAGUAUGAGAAACAGCCUGAGAAUAAAUGGUCAGUUCUUGCUGUGGAGGGAAUCCCACUGGUGGGAAAUUUACAGAGGGCUUGUGCUGGAAUUUAUUGCAUUUAAAAUGCUAGCAAGAGAUAGACAAACCAGGCUGAGAAGUGAGAUGCCAGCAAUGAGUGCUAAGUGUUGCUGGAGAAUGGCUGCACAAGUCCUCAGCAUGCUAAAACAGCCAGAGGAGCUCAUCACAGUUAAAUGAGAAGUGCUGUCCAUGGAAAUGAUGAUCUUAGUUCCACAUUAAAACUAAUGAAGGAUGACCUCACCAACAGCACUCAGGGAGCAAGACUCAGAAGUGCUUCAGUAGCAAUAGGUGUUCAGUGAAAACUGGCUCAGCACCCAGGAGUCACAAAAAGGAGACUCACAUGUAGAGAGUAACUAGAGACAAAUGGAAAACAAGAGACAUCAAGACACUGCCAUAAAUCUGUGGCUCACCCAGACAUUAAAUGCAGUAUUGAUUUCCAAAGCCUCAGGUAGCUGGUGUAAUUACAUAGGGCACGAUUGGAAAAGGAUUAGAGCAAGGUCACCCAAGGUAAGGAUUGGCUUCUCUAUCAACAACAUGGAAUGCACUAGGGCUCAGCAAAGAGAUGGCUGAGGGGGGUACAGAAGAUACCCACAAAAUUAUGGGUUGCAUUGACAGCAAGGGUCUGGGGAUCUGCUCCAAUCCAAGGGAAGGAGCCAUCAAAUGAAGCUCCUGAGUCCCAUGUACCCGAGGACACAGUGAGUGCUGCAGCAAUUUUAGACAUGGUAUUGAGAAAAGACACAGACAGUAAUUGUGUUCCUUGGAAGAGAUCCAUUAAAAGUUGUUAAAGGAAACACAGUAGGGACAAAUGUGCUGAGCUGAAAAUAGCUGGAGAAUGAAAGAACAUUUGAAGACAGGACAGAGACAAGGAUCAUAAACCAUUGUUCUACUCUCUGUCUUCCCAAAGCAUCUGUUCAUGGGCACUGCUGGACACAGGAUAUUGUACACUAACAUUUAUUAUUAAUUCCACACCAGUUCUGUGUUGGCACUAUCCUGAACCAUGGUAACAUGCUGGUACUGCUCCUCACUACCACUGUCUUGAGACAGUAUAAAAAAAACUUGGUUCAUGUUUGCUCUGGUACUUACAGUGUUUUUAAAGGAGGAAAUGGGGUCAUAAACUAAGAACUAAACAUGCUAUUUAUUUAAUCAGUAACAGCAAAACCUAACAAUGAAAUAGCUUAAUGACUUUGUUUACAGCAUAGUCAGAAAAUACAGAAACAAAGCUUGAUGUGAGUUUUAACUCUGAAUCUC